AUGCAUGUUUUCAAUAUUUUCCUGUUUGCUCUUUGCACUAUCGUAGUCCAAGCUUGCAGUCCAUCGUUGCUAGAAGUACCGGCAGGCCCUCCAGGGCGAGAUGGACGAGAAGGGAUUCCUGGUGAUCCAGGAGUUCAAGGCCCAAUUGGUCCACCAGGAGAAAAAGGAGUUCAAGGAAUGCCAGGGCCACAAGGUCAGAAAGGCAACAAAGGGCCGCAAGGACUACAAGGACC